AAUAGUUCUUACAGAGUCUCGGGAAAGAUCGGCGUAGUUCGGUUAGCCUUAGCCAAUACGAAGCGACACGAAGAACGCAGCGCGUAAACUAUUUUUUUCUUUAAGCCGGGGAGCCUAUCCGGUUAGAAUCACAUGUGUACGAAGGCAAGAGAAAGAGAAAGAAAAUAUCGGUGGAAAGAAGAUAGAAAAUCAAGAAUAAUUAUCGUUCUACCAGAGAGAGAGUUGAGUUUCCAACAGUCACCUUAUCUUGUACCAAUAAGAAAAUAAAAUCUGCCACUUGCCAUAAUAUUGUGAUAAUUGUUUAUAUGUAAUAAAUAUAGUGUCCAAAAGAGAUUUUACGUAGUGGAUUCUGAUAUUUUCUCCUUCCAUCACUUUAUACGUUAUAAUCCAAUCCUACAGCAUCUGUUAUCUGGAUCAUGGCUACAAUCAUACUGCGUUCAAUAAACGCUGCAUUGACCGCGAGACAAGCUAAAGGUCUCAUAAGCCGAUCCUCUACUGUACUCGUAGAAUCGUCCAAGAAUUAUCAGAAGGGUGCUGCAUUGUGCCAGCAGAGAUUCCACUCAGCAUCUAACAAUACCAGGAUCAUAUCAAUUAAUGGGACUUGGACUUUCUUAAGGAACUGGAGCACAGCAUCCACUGAGAGUGAGAGAUCAGAUAAUUUUUCACUGUCAUGGAAACGUCCUCCGGGUCCACCUAAGGUAUGGAAGCGUAUUGAGAGUGCGACGGAAAGUCGAAUUAAAACAAAAGAUGAAAAACCUUUAAAAUUCACUGUCGAGGAAGUCCCCGUUGAACGGGUCGAGGAUGCUGUUGACCUUAUGGCUAAUUAUUUUAUACCGGAUGAAGUCAUCUGCAACAGCCUUAAGAUAAAGGAUGAUCCUUUGGCCGUGCAAGACUGUCGAGACCUUUGGAGACUCGCCCUAAGACAAGGGAUCUCCGUAGCGGUUUUCCUCGAGGAUUCCAGUGUGGAAUUACGCGAGAUAGCAGCAGUGAACGUAAUCUUCGUGAUGACACCAGAGGACGAGAAAAAACUGAAGAAUUACAAAGUGCAGUCAUUACCCCUUAAAUCAAAACGUACCAAACCGGUGCUGGAGUAUGUUUUUAGUGUAACUGAUAAAAUUAACGUGAUGAAACACUAUGGGGUCGACAAGUUCAUGGCUGGUUUUGGGAUGACAGUUAAUCCACGUUUUCGAGGUCAUUCACUUGGUGGAUAUCUCCUUGGAUCUAGGAAUGAGAUUGGUAGAGAAUACAAUCUUCGUGCGACCGAAACAUCCUUCACGGGUCCAGCUUCUCAGACUCUGGCUCUGCGUAGUGGAUUCGAAAUUUUAUGGCAGAAAAAGUAUUCUGAAUUAUAUGACGAGAAUGGAAAACCUUUAUUUCCAGACGUAAAGAUCGAAUAUUGCACAAUGAUGGGAAAACGGCUUGACUGAAUGACUUGUAGCUAUUUUUCAUCAAGUAUAUUAUAUUAUUUUCAUUAAAAUUAUGAUAAUCAAAUUUCUUCAGAACGGA